ACGGAGCAUGGAAGAACAGUAUCACUUUACAUUUCCAACUGUAGCCCAUGUUCAGCAACAGGGGGACCAGCUCGGCAUAUGGAAUCUGCCUUUAGCAGAACUGCCUCUUCGUACCACACAAACUGAGUCAUUCGCUUUAACAUUGAAGCAAAUGGAAGUGGUUAAAUUGGGCACCUUCAGUAAUUGUCAUAACACAGAUAAAAUGUGUACUUUCAUAAAGCCUUCAGUGCCAAAACCAAUUACGUGCUUUCGGAAAUUGCUUCAUCUUCUGAAAUUAGAGUCGCCAGAUUUUCCAAUUUAUCGAGACUUUAGACGGUUACAUUUAGGAUGCAUUCAAGAUUUUAACAAACCUGCAGAAAAUGUUUCAGGAAAAGCUGUUAAAGAGAAGGGGGGGCGUAGCAGAAAGAGCAAGGUUACCAGAUCAAAGGUUAAAAUUGAGGAGGAGCGGAAGGAAAAUUGCGAUCUGAACUCACAUGUCAUGUGGACAGAAAAGUACAAACCAACAACUGCGGAUGAUAUUGUUGGAAAUGGACAUAGCAUUGGGAAGUUGAAAAACUGGCUGGAGAAUUGGAAGCAUUACAGUGAUGUUCAGCAUGGGGACAAGGGAAAUGACUGUAAGAGAAAGGAUUCAAGCAGUGGAGAUGAGUUUAUGGACUGUGACUCUAAUGACACCAGUCACAGAAAUUUGCCAAAUAACACAGCAAUUUUGGUUGGUCCUCAUGGUUGUGGGAAGACAUCUGCUGUGUAUGCGAUAGCUAAUGAACUUGGUUUUAAGGUGCUGGAGAUCAAUACUUCAUCGAAACGCAAUGGGAGGCGAAUACUGUCUGAGCUUCAGGAAGCGACACAGUCUCACCAAGUGAGGGCUGGUUCAGAACAUGCCUCAGAUGGGUUGAAUCCAUUCUUCAAAGGAUAUCCUGCUAAGUCAAGAAAGAUGAAAUCAAGGGCUGCUGGAAAUGCUUCUAAACCAAAAGAGAGCGGGGAUGAUCAUAAUUCUGGUGGCAAGAUGUCAGUUAUUUUAGUGGAAGGGGUGGAUGUUGUUUAUGAAGAUGAAGAUGAGGGUUUUGUUUCUGCUGUGAAUUCAUUAGUGGCUUCAUCAAAGCGACCAGUGAUAUUGAUCACCAAUGAACCACAUUACCCCCAUUUAGCACGUCUCAUGGAGCUGCAUCUUGUUCUGAAAUUCAGUGCACCACCUUCUGGAAGAAUGAGUGCGUGGCUACAGUCGAUGUGCCUUCUGGAAGGUGUUCGGGUAAGACGUACAGAAAUUGAAAGGUUAUUGGACCAGAACUCUGGUGAUGUCCGUCAGACUGUGCUACAGUUGCAGUUCUGGGUGCUAACUGGUGGAAAUAACUUCCCACAUACUGCAGAUAUUUGUGAUAACAUCCUUUCAGAAAACCCUGUUGCUCCUCAGGUUGCUGCAGUUGAUACUGCAGAUGAUCAUUCAAAUUUGAGUUAUAUUUCUGGUGAUGAAGCAUAUCAAACAGCAGUUACUGUUCCUGAACAUGCUAACUGUAUUGAAACAUUUACAGAAUACUAUGAAAAUUUUUUUGAAAAUUGUCGGAUGCCAUUCCCAUUGGAUUUGGGUCGUGUGUGGUGGAAUCUGGCAUCUUUGUUACCUGCACUAGAAAAUUCAUAUCAGGACAGAAUUUUCAUUCAGUUUUGUGAUGAUUUGAAGGCUCUGAGGUGA